AUGGAUGACUUGUUCGACGUAUUCGAGGAUAAACCUUCCUCUGGAAUUCCUCUUCAAGACCCUUCGAAACCCCGAAAGAAGAAAGACAAAAAUAGAAAAAGACAGGCAAAUGGAGUCGUAAAGGAUAUCCCGAAUGCGGUGAGCGGCCAAGAGAAUGGAGAGAUUACAGAUACCCCGAUGGAAGAUGUGGACGCAGCGGAGCCCUCCGAGCCGCAAAAUGGCCAACCCGAUCCAAAGCGACAGCGCCUCCAACCAGAACCAGAGCCUGUUGUAGCCGAUACAUUCGAAACUGAACAGUCGCGAGAGAUUGCAGGCUCUGCCGGUCUCCAAGGAACGCAGGAUACCAAGGCUGUUGUUCUAUCGCAUCAAGUUCGGCAUCAGGUUGCGCUACCCCCAGAUUACCCCUAUGUCCCAAUUUCCGAACACAAACCACCAGAAACGCCCGCAAGGACAUGGAGCUUCACUCUAGAUCCCUUCCAACAGGUCUCAAUCGCGUCGAUCGAGAGGGGUGAGAGUGUUUUAGUCUCCGCCCAUACUAGCGCUGGAAAGACGGUGGUUGCAGAAUAUGCUAUUGCGCAAAGUCUGAAAAAUAAUCAGAGGGUUAUCUAUACAAGCCCCAUAAAGGCGCUGAGCAACCAGAAAUACCGGGAAUUUGCUGCUGAGUUUGGAGAUGUUGGAUUGAUGACUGGCGAUGUUACCAUAAAUCCUACGGCCACAUGUCUUGUCAUGACGACUGAGAUUUUGCGAUCUAUGUUAUACAGAGGUUCAGAAAUCAUGCGCGAGGUGGCUUGGGUGAUUUUCGAUGAGAUACAUUAUAUGCGAGACAAGACUCGUGGUGUCGUAUGGGAAGAAACCAUUAUUCUUCUUCCAGACAAAGUUAGAUAUGUUUUCCUCUCCGCAACAAUUCCGAACGCGAUGCAAUUUGCAGAAUGGAUUACCAAGAUGCACAACCAGCCGUGCCACGUCGUCUACACUGAUUUCCGACCAACCCCCCUACAACAUUACUUUUUCCCUGCUGGCGCUGAUGGAAUACACCUUGUCGUUGAUGAAAAAGGAGUGUUCCGUGAGGAGAAUUUCCAUAAGGCGAUGGAGACGAUCGCCGAGAAACAAGGAGAUGAUCCAGCAAACGCAAUGGCUAAGCGAAAGGGUAAAGGAAAAGACAAAAAGACAAAUAAAGGCGGAGACGGUAAUAAAGGUCCAUCUGACAUCUACAAGAUCGUGAAGAUGAUUAUGCUUAAAAAUUACAACCCGGUCAUUGUUUUCAGUUUCAGUAAAAGAGAAUGCGAGGCUUUUGCAUUACAGAUGAGCAAGAUGGCAUUUAACGAUGAAUCGGAGAAAGAAAUGGUCAGCAAGGUGUUCAAUAGUGCGAUCGAGAUGCUCUCCGAUGAGGACAAGGAGCUACCACAAAUUAAACACAUCCUACCACUACUUCGUCUCGGGAUCGGGGUCCACCACUCCGGCCUUCUCCCUAUCCUCAAGGAGACCAUCGAAAUUCUGUUCCAGGAAGGACUGAUUAAGGUACUAUUCGCUACAGAAACGUUUUCCAUCGGUCUAAACAUGCCUGCCAAGACCGUGGUUUUCACAAGUGUUCGGAAAUUCGACGGUGUAAGCCAACGCUGGAUUACGCCCUCUGAGUUUGUACAAAUGUCGGGUCGUGCUGGACGUAGGGGUCUUGACGACCGCGGCAUUGUCAUCAUGAUGAUCAAUGAAGAAAUGGAUCCAACGGUUGCGAAGGAAAUUGUCCGUGGAGAGCAAGACAAACUUAAUUCGGCCUUUUAUCUAGGCUACAACAUGGUAUUGAACCUUCUACGAGUGGAGGGGAUCUCACCUGAGUUUAUGUUGGAGCGAUGCUUUUAUCAAUUCCAAAAUGCGGCUAGUGUAUCUGGUUUGGAAAGGGAACUGGCCGAAUUGGAGAAGGAAUAUGCCGGGAUGGUAAUUGCCGACGAAGGGACGAUCCGGGAAUACUAUGAUCUACGCCAAAACAUCGCCACAUACACCUCGGAUAUGCGUACUGUGAUCAGCCUUCCAAACUACUGUUCACGUUACAUGCAACCCGGGCGGCUUGUUCAAAUACAAUAUAAGGACCACGACUUUGGUUGGGGUGCUGUUGUCAACUCUCAAAAACGAAAACCUCCUCGAAACGCUCCUAAUGAAGAAUAUCCUCCCCAUGAAAGCUUUAUUCUCGAUGUCUUGCUACAAGUCGCAGAGGACUCAUCUUCCCCAACGAGAGCUGGUCAAAAUCCUCUGCCCCCUGGGAUCGGACCUUCUCGGCCGGGAGGGAAGUUCAAGGUGGAAGUUGUUCCCGUGCUAAUUGGUUGCUUAAAGUCAAUCUCCCACAUUCGGAUUCGGUUACCUCAGGACCUUAAGCCAAUCAGCGCGAGGAACGAGGCUAACAAACACAUUGUGGAGAUACAAAGGCGAUUCCCUGAUGGAGUUCCCCUUCUGGACCCUAUUGAGGACAUGGGCAUAAGGGAUGACUCCUUCAAGAAACUCCUUCGGAAAAUUGAAGUAUUAGAGUCACGUCUAAUAUCCAAUCCACUCCAUAACUCCCCCCGGCUUCCAGAAUUAUAUGACCAGUACGCGGCAAAAACUGAACUGGGCUCAAAAAUAAAAGCAACAAAAAAGAAGAUCACGGAGGCCAUGUCGAUUAUCCAAUUAGACGAGCUAAAAUGUCGCAAACGGGUACUUCGCCGCUUCCAGUUCAUCAACGAGGCAGAGGUUGUGCAACUAAAAGCCCGUGUCGCAUGCGAGAUCAGCAGCGGCGACGAGCUUAUGCUUAGUGAGCUUCUCUUUAAUGGGUUUUUUAAUAACCUCACCCCCGAGCAGUGUGCCGCAGUCCUUAGCGUGUUUGUCUUCGAGGAGAGUUCCAAAGAGACACCACCUAUAUCCAAGGAAGAGCUGGCGAAGCCACUGAGGGAUAUCCAAGCCCAGGCGAGGAUCAUUGCCAAAGUGUCGCAGGAGUCCAAGCUCGCAGUCAACGAAGAUGAAUAUGUGAAAGGAUUCCGAUGGGAGUUGAUGGAGGUCAUAUAUGAAUGGGCGAAGGGGAAGUCAUUUGCGGAAAUUUGCAAAAUGACGGAUGUUUAUGAGGGAAGCUUGAUCCGCACAUUCCGACGACUAGAGGAGUGCAUGCGACAGAUGGCCCAGGCAGCGAAGGUGAUGGGCAGCGAAGACUUAGAGAAGAAGUUCGAGAAGUCCCUUGAGAUGGUGAAGCGGGAUAUCGUUGCGGCCCAAUCGCUAUACCUCUAG